GAAAGAUUGCGAUUACCACGGGCUUAAAUUUACAUAAAGCCAAUAUUAAAGUCGCAGAACUGUCAAGAAGAGAAGGAUAUUUCCUAAUUUCUAUUUACAAAGACGUUUUGAUAUACAUCGGCAAUAUACAGAUACAUAGGCCAAGGUGAUCUCUCUGUAAGAUGUCUCCAGUGCCAGAUGAAGACCCAGAUAAGCAAGGUAUUGAGGACAUUGAAGACAUGGACACCCCCAACAUGGUGAUGCCAGCCGUCAUGGAGGACAGUGAGGACGAGGAGGACACUGUCCCCCAGGGCUACCAGCCUCUGUCUCAGGGACCAGAGGACAUGAAUGGAAACAAUUUUGAUGAAGAUUCUGACGAUGACUCUGGCAUGUCAGAAGGAGAGGAAACUGGUGGUCAGAAUGUCGCUAUGGGUACUGGAAUAGUACCAAGUGGACUUUAUCCCAACUAUCCUGAAGGAGACCUUCCAUCAUAUUUACAGGUACCUGAUCUUCCACAAACAGACAAGAAAGAUAUGCUGUGGAACCAACCACGUCUCGCCAGCGCUGAUGGAAUGGACUCAGGUCAAGCAGCUGCUGUUAAGAAUGCAAUGAAGGGAUUUGAACUUCCUGGAUGUAGCAUACCUGACUGGGCCAAAAAUGUAUCAGAGGACAAAUGGAAAGAGCAGCUUAUGUCUCGCCUGUCUACCCACGGCCCCCGAGAUAAUAUCUUCUCAGCCUCCCUUGUGUCUAGCAGUGAGAUGUCGUCACAGAGCUCCGAAAGCAGCCUCAGUGAAGCAGAGAAGGAAAUUGGCUGAGAGUAUUCCAUACUCUUGUGAAAUAAACUAUUGCAUGAAGGAAUAAUGUGCGUGAAUGUGAAAGAAAUUGUUUAUGGUAAACUGACUUUUUCUGAAUCCAGCCAUGAUGUAUGCCGUAACUGUACUGCAAAACGUCAGUCACUUUCACCGACUCAUUCACUCACUAUCUAACCACUGUCUCCAACGAAGAUGAUGCUUGUUAAAAUUAGAAUAAAAAUACUUUCAAUUACAAUGACCGAAAAAAUGUACCGGUACUGUUGAAAAAAACAAUUUGUUCAGCGUCUCAUGUCAGAGAAAAAAAAUUGCAUGUCUUAAACAUUUUUUUGGUUUUUAACAAAAAUCCCAGCCCCUGAGAAUAAGAUGUAGCUGUUCCUUACGCAGUUGAGUGUUGACAUCAGAUCCAGUGUCUAUAAGUCCAUGCACUAAUGACUUGACUUUUGAAGGUGUUAAUGUCAUUAGUAAGCUCCAGUAGCAUAGUGCAGUACAAUUGCUGGGUUUUGUUGCUACUGCUCCAAACCACAAAGCUGCUUUUGGUAAGGACUGAACAUUUAGUACUGCAGGCUGAAGAAUGCUUAGUCCAUAAAUGCCUUUGUUUUCUUUCUUUUCUGUCUUAAUUGCUGAAAUAAGACAAAAACUAAAUUUAGAAACCCUGCUUGAUCAAAUUAACUGUGAAUCAUGUGUAUUGCUGCUUUUACAGGAAGUAACAUUUCUUGGUGAUAUUUAAAGUAUUUCUAUGCCAGACUUCUUUAUUUCUUGGUUUAAAGCUUUGUGUGAAAAAAUCCUGGUUGGUAGCCCUGUUAGGUGGGAUUUACAAAAAUCAUUUUUUAUUUUUUUCAAAACAUUUACAGUGCUGAUGAAGCCAAUCUUGUCAGUCUUGCAUUUUAAUAUAUUGUGAAAGUAAUGUAUAUUUUGUAGUGAAAAUCCAAGUGUAAUGUGGUCUGCUCUACUCAUUGCUUUAAUGGCAGUCAAUGGUAGGGUUCUCCCAUGUCCAUGUACGCAAGGGGUUCAUUUCACCUCAGGAGAUAUAAAGAGCCUCAUUUCAUCAGCUGACUA